AUGCCUUUCCUAGCCAAGGAACACUACCCCAUCUCAACCAAGGACAUCCUCUCCUGGACGUUCGACGAUCUAAAGUACGACUGGGACGAUCCCAUCUACAUCGAUGCGUUGGAUCCCAGUAACUCCAUCUCCGCACGCCAGGCCCGCACGCUGAUUCGGAAGCUGGCCGCCGGCUUCAAAGCACUCGGCCUCCAGCCUGGCGACUGCGUGUGCAUCAACUCAAGCAACGACAUCUACUAUCCCAUCUCCUUCCUUGGAAUCAUCGCCGCCGGCGGGAUCUUCACCGGGGUCAAUCCCGCGUACACCCCCUAUGAACUGGCGCACACGCUCAAAGUGGCCAAGGUGAAGUACGUCCUGACGCAGCCGGAUCUCGUGCAGAACGUGGGUAAAGCCGCCGAGCAGAGCGGGCUGGACAAAGAGCGCAUUCUGAUCUUCAAUCCCAACGGUGGCACGGCGCCCGCAGGCUACAAGCAAUGGGACGAUCUGCUGCAACACGGGGAAAGCGACUGGGUCCGCUUCGACGAUCAGAGCACCAGCGAGAAUACUCCCGCGGCACGCCUCUUCUCCUCCGGCACCACUGGCCUGCCCAAAGCCGCCGACCUGUCGCAUUACAACCUCAUCGCUCAGCACACCCUGGUGUACGAGGCGGACCCUCGACCCUGGCGGACUCGCCGGCUCUUUGCAUUGCCCAUGUUCCACGCCGCCACCGUUCCCGUCGCUUUCAUAUCGUGCCUGCGUGGCGGAGGCAAGGGCUUCGUGAUGAAGCGCUUCGAGCCCGAGACCUGGUUCUGGGCGCACGAGAAAUACGAAAUCACCGACUUGGCGGUCGUGCCGCCCAUCGUGGUGAUGGCGAUCAACCAUCCGCUGAACAAAAAGUAUAGUCUCAAGUCCAUCAAGACGGCCGCCGCAGGUGCGGCGCCGUUGGAUAAAUUGCCACAGGCGAGAAUGCAGACGCUGAUUGGCAAGGAUGCCGCCUUUACCCAGGUCUGGGGAAUGACGGGCAAGUUUCAGACAUCGUGUAUUGCCACGCGCUUCCCGUGGCCGCAGACAGACACAACUGGUAGCGUCGGACGUCCAUUGCACAACUUGGACCUCAAGCUGGUGGAUGAUGAUGGGAAGGACAUUAGCGGGUACGAUGUGCGAGGCGAGCUGUGCAUCCGCGGCCCGACAGUUGUGAAGGGCUAUUUUGACAAUCCGGAAGCGAAUCAGAGAGACUGGGAUGCGGAUGGGUACUUUCACACAGGCGAUAUUGCGUACAUUGAUCGCAAGACGGAAGCCUGGUACAUUGUUGAUCGGAAGAAGGAACUUAUCAAAGUUCGCGGCUUCCAGGCCGCUCCGCCUGAGCUCGAGGGCGUCCUCCUCGACCAUCCGGACAUCGUUGAUGCAGCUGUGAUCGGCGUGCCGGAUCCAGCGAACGUGGAAGGGUCGGAGGCGCCACGGGCAUAUCUUGUGCGGCGUCAGGGCAGCGAUGCGCUGAACGAGAAGGAAGUCCACCGCCACAUGAAGGAGAGGCUGGCCUCGUACAAGCAGUUGGUUGGAGGCAUUGUGUUUGUGGAUACGAUACCCAAGACGCCCAGUGGAAAGAUCUUGAAACGCAUCUUGAGGGAGCAGGCGAAGAAAGAGAUGGGGUCCAAGUUGUGA